AUGGUGGGGAUUGCCAAAUUACCGCCGGAGGUUAUCCAGCAUAUUUUUGACCAGCUUUCGACUGCGCCAUCGUAUUCGCACCUGUACUGGGUAGACGCCAGUUUCAAGAGCAAGCUGUCAGACUUGGAGGCAAUUAGUCGAACAUGUCGAGCUUUUCGACAGCUGGUCAGGCGAAAUCUAUUCAGCUACGUCUGGCUGGUGAAACCCGGACACAGCCACCUGAUAUCUCUUAUUAGAGGUUGGGACUCCCGCCCAUAUUGUACACAACAUGUACGACGUGUGUGCAUUCCUAUCCACGCUCCAGAGCUAUCUCCUCGGCAGCAAGAGAUGAGAUUGUCAGAUGACGAAGUUCCGUUUAUUGAAGGGACACUCAGUAAAAUGGGGCUCUCAGUUAACCCAAAAGAUUGGAAUGGUGGCGGCCAUAUCAACAUACUUGCCAUAAUGGUUCCUCUCAUGGCCAAAUCGUUGAGAGAACUUGAGAUUGAGUACAUCUUGAGUGAAGAUCACCGAAACCAUGAUGUCUCGAACAAACUUCUCCUGAUGGAAGAUGACGUCUUUCCAAACUUGGAAACCCUACACAUCAAAUGCACACCUCGCGUAGGCCGAUUUCCCAUGGAGCUUGUCAAAGCUAUCUCAAAAAAUGCCCCAAAACUAAGAUCUCUCAAGAUCCAACAUUUCGACGACGCCUGGUUUGACGAGUCGCAAACUUGGGAAAAGCUCACCGAUAUCUCCAUCUGGUCGAGUUUAAACAUGCAGCCGUUCAUCAUGGAAAUUAUCUCGAAGCCAAAGCACUUAUGUCAUUUCGGACUUGACAGAUGUGUGUCGAGUGUAAGUCAGAUGGUGGAUAUGAUCGACGCGUUGACCGAACACAAAGAGACACUUAAAGCUCUGAGCGUCCGGUUCCCCGAUCGAUCGACUGGAGAAACAGCGAGUCUGCUUCUACACAAGCUCUGUAAUCUGGAAACCUUCACGACGCAGUUACAGGACGCCGGCACGCGGAAGGAAAACAUUCUACGACAGCUCCCAAAAUCUUUACGGAAGCUGCGUAUCGUACAAGCACGAGACCACCACCAUAACCAUCUUGCAGAUCAUUGUUGGUUGGAGGAGCACCUUCGGAGACUCAAGAAGACGGGCAAACAUCGUAACUUGCAAGUGUUUAUUUGUGAUACUUGGGAGGAAAAGGAAGGAGAAGAAAAACUCGAUUUUGAUGGACGAGAUGAGGAUUCCAUCGAGAAAGAGUACUUGGCAGAGGCAGUCGACUGGAUGUACUUGAUGCCUUGA